AUGUCUACUACACCAACUGAUUUUGCCGAAUGGUAUAAUUCACAACAAAAGAUUGUUGAAGCCUAUCAAAAAGAUGGAACAUUACCAGUAGAAAUAACAAAUAGUAAUGUUUCAGAAUUUCAAAAAUAUUAUUUAUUAAAAAAUCUUUUACAAGUUGGUGUUUCAUAUAUCCCAUAUGUAAGCUCAUUGGUUAGUUUCGUUAUUGAUGCCUCAUGGGAUACAUUAAACAACCAAAGCCAGAUGUUAUGGAAUUCCUAUGUCGAUAUGGUCAAUUCUGCAAUUUCCACAUAUGAUUUAGCUACAGUUAAAAGCCAGGUAGAAGAGUGUAAAGACUAUUCAAAGAAAUUCCAAACCCAAAGAAAAAAUUUAGCAAAAACUCCAAACGAUGAAAAAUUAAAAAAUGAUUGCAAGGUUGCUUUCGUCAAUUUCGAAACUAAAAUCAGUAGUUUAUUGGUAAAGAAUUCAUCUACAAGAAAAGACGAGUAUUGCUACCAAGAACUCGCCGCUUUUACAUUCCUUGCAACCACCCACCUUUUCCUUUUAAAGCUUGCAAUUGUAGAAGGUUCAAAUUGGAAUCUCGCUGAUGCUUCCAUCAACACAUAUAAAACCGAUUUUACAAGCAAAACCAACGAAUAUAUUGCCCACACUGUUACUUCAUAUUCAAAAGGUAUUGAAAAAAUUAAAUCAUUAACUGUUAGCAGUGUCGAAAAAUUCAAUCGUAUCAACCAAUUCCGUAAAUUUUGCUCAAUCUAUGUUUUCGAUAUUGUAGACGGUGUUUGGAUAGGUUUAAAAGACAAAUUCAAUGGCACCGGUAUUAAUGUUCAAAAUGUUAGAUACAUAUGGUCCAAUUUGAUGGGCGGGGAAUCCCAAAACUACUCUAUUGACCAAUUGGAGCAGUACUAUAGCAGUCAUGAUCAGUAUAAAAAAGAAAUUAAAAAAGUAGAUUUUGAAAACGAUGGUUAUUGGUUAUACGGAAUGAAAACCUAUUAUAAAGAUCCAUCAGCUACUAAUAGUGAAACCAGCUCUUACUUUGGUAUCUCAAAUGGUAAAGCAAGUAGUACCUAUACUGUUUCAUUCCCAACUACACCAACCUCAACUUCUAUGCUCGGUGAUAUAGAUGCAAUUUCACCUCGUAAAAUUCAAUUCAAUGGUGUCUCUGGUAACAGUGUUUUAACUCUUUCAAAAGAUGCCAAUCAUUGUCAAGUUAAAAAUGAUCCAGGUGGUAAAUAUAACUUUUAUGAAAACUCUAGCUACCCUGAAACUAGUGUUACAAAUCAUAAAAUUGGUGCAUUAGUCGGUGGUAACACCAAUAAAACCAACGAUACCUCAUAUGGAUUCUUUUCAAAUGGUAAAGAUGGUUUCUUGGAUAGCAUUUUAACAGGUUUCAUUCCAUAUGAAGUUUAUAAUGAUAACUAUUUAUUCCAAGGACCUGCAACUUUAACAAAUGCACAAAAAUUCUAUAGCAAAGAUGAUAAUGUUGUAUUCCAACGUGAUCAUGUUUUACCAACAAUCCACGCAAUGUUUAUGCCAGCAAAGUCUAGUAUCGUAUUCAGAUUCACCUACAAGAAUACCAAUACAACUGUAACUAAAUAUAAUGUCGGUGUAAGAUACCACUUUAGCGGUGGCCAAGCUACUGCCUCAAUUGUUGUUAAAAAACCAGAUAAUGAGGACAAAGGUACCAUUGCUUUAGCUAAAUGUAGCAAAUCUGCAGAUAACAAUGGCUUUAAUGAAUACAAAAUUGCCCUCUUAAACCAAACAAUCAAUUUUGCAAACUUUUCCGAAAGACAAAUUACAUUAAAAGCAAACAAUAAUUUAUAUCUUCAUUCUAUUAUUUUAAUUCCAUCCAAAGCAAAUUCUGCUUAA